AUGUCAUCGCCUUCGCAGCUGAAAGACAUCUCGCUCUUCAACGACCCGAUCCUCUCCGACGUCAAGAUCCGCCAGAUUUACAAAGGCAAGACCAAAGAAUACUUCGCACACAAAGCCAACUUGUCUGCACAUUCCAAGUGGUUUCUAAAAGCAUUCACAGGCAACUUCAAGGAGGCAACUGAGCACUCCGUUGAAGUGCUCGAUGACGACCCUCGGGCCUUUGAAUACAUGCUCAAGUUCAUGUAUACAAACGAAAUAGUCCUUCCACCAGUCCAGUGUCCCAAUCACAAAACGAAGAUCGAUCGCGACAUUCUGACUCCCAUCCGCCUUUAUAUUUUGGCUGAUAAAUACGAGAUUGCGCCUCUUCUUCGACACACAUCUAGUCAGGUCGCGGCUGCUAUGAACACCCAUAGUUCGUUACUGAAGGGCGAAGCAGUUCCGACUAUCGUGGCAGCCUACUACAACUGCUGUACGUGUGCGCGGAGUGUCAUGGGAGAUGCCAUAGCAAGCGGGCUGAUCAAAAGUCCUUCACGGUGGUUGGGUCAUGGAGAUAAGGAGGCAUUAGGUAGCCUAGUCAUUGCACAUAGUCACUUCGCAGCAGAUCUCAUUCUUGCCCUCAGAAAUGCAGGACGUCUACGCUAG